ACACUCACACACCUUCACCACCUGCUCCUCUGACCUGUUCCACCUCCAACCAAUAACCAGAACCAUGAGCUGCUGUGGCUGUUGUGGAGGCUGUGGCUCCAGCUGCUGCAAGCCUGUGUGCUGUUGUGUGCCUGUCUGUUCCUGCUCCAGCUGUGGGGGCUGCAAGGGAGGCUGUAGUUCCUGUGGAGGCUGUGGCUCCUGUGGGGGCUGCAAGGGAGGCUGUGGUUCCUGUGGAGGCUGUGGUUCCUGUGGGGGCUGCAAGGGAGGCUGUGGUUCCUGUGGAGGCUGUGGCUCCUGUGGGGGCUGCAAGGGAGGCUGUGGUUCCUGUGGAGGCUGUGGUUCCUGUGGGGGCUGCAAGGGAGGCUGUGGUUCCUGUGGAGGCUGUGGCUCCUGUGGGGGCUGCAAGGGAGGCUGUAGUUCCUGUGGAGGCUGUGGCUCCUGUGGGGGCUGCAAGGGAGGCUGUGGUUCCUGUGGAGGCUGUGGCUCCUGUGGGGGCUGCAAGGGAGGCUGUGGUUCCUGUGGAGGCUGUGGCUCCUGUGGGGGCUGCAAGGGAGGCUGUGGUUCCUGUGGAGGCUGUGGCUCCUGUGGGGGCUGCAAGGGAGGCUGUGGUUCCUGUGGAGGCUGUGGCUCCUGUGGGGGCUGCAAGGGAGGCUGUUGUUCCUGUGGAGGCUGUGGCUCUUGUGGAGGCUGCAAGGGAGGCUGUAGUUCCUGUGGAGGCUGUGGCUCCUGUGGGGGCUGCAAGGGAGGCUGUUGUUCCUGUGGAGGCUGUGGCUCUUGUGGAGGCUGCAAGGGAGGCUGUAGUUCCUGUGGAGGCUGUGGCACCUGUGGUGGCUGCAAGGGAUGCUGUAGUUCCUGUGGAGGCUGUGGCUCCUGUGGGGGCUGUGGCUCCUGUGGGGGCUGCAAGGGAGGGUGUGGCUCCUGUGGAGGCUGUGGCUCUUGUGGAGGCUGCAAGGGAGGCUGUGGCUCCUGUGGAGGCUGCAAGGGAGGCUGUAGUUCCUGUGGAGGCUGUGGCUCCUGUGGUUGCUGCCAGUCCAGCUGUUGUAAGCCCUGCUGCUGCCAGUCCAGCUGUUGCAAGCCCUGCUGCUGCCAGUCCAGCUGUUGCAAGCCCUGCUGCUGCCAGCCCAGCUGUUGCUAGUCCAGCUGCUGCUGUCCUUGCUGCUCCUCCAUGACUGUGGGUCUUCAUGCUGUCCAAUGAGCUGCUCUCUUCCCAUUUACUGCCAAAGGGAGAUUUGAGAUUCUGCUCAGAGGUCCAAAUCAUCCUAUCUGUUUGAGGUUUCUGGGGAUGAGUCUAGACUGCACCUCAAAGCCCUAAAGCUCUAAUCUCACUUUGUGAUCCAGAAGGUGUUUCCUUGAUCUACAAAGCUGGACAUCCAUUUGUCAGGCAAUAGAGGAGUGCACAGUCCUCCUGCCCAUCACCUCUAAUAGGAAACCCAGAUCCUUUUCGAUGCCACCUAGGAUGGCAGUACUUUUCUCAGCAUCCACAGGCCCCUUAGAGCCCCAUCCAUUCUUCCAUGCCAAUAGCAGGAAGGUCAGCCCUACCAUAAGGUAUGUUCACCACAGGCUUCUAUGUCUGCUUUCUUUCUUUUUGCUUUUCUUUUCUUCGUUUGGCCCAAAUGGGACACUGCAAAACAUUAAAUAAACAAAUAAACGCC